UCAACUCCAGCGCAUGCAGACCAAGGUUACUACUUUUCUCACAACCGCACUUGAGUCGUCCUUCUCGCAUUACGACGUAUGUCUUAGUCGUCAAGAGACUACCUCUCAUUUAUCCACCUCUCUGGGCUCCAUCCCUGGCUCUCCCACCACCACCUCCAUCAACCCACGAUAAUGGCCGCCCGUCGCAAACACACCUACACUGGCGUCUCCGAAAACGGCUCCGCACCCAAAACCGCGGGCAUACCAUCUGGUACCGUCAAAUACAGCACCAUGAAGUCGCUGACCGCCAGCGCGCGCCGCUCGCCCUUCCUCCCCACCCGCCUCGAAGCGCUCCUAAUCUCCAUCUAUCCCGCAACCCUGCUCGUGGGCAGCAUAAUCAGCAUGCUCUCGCCUGCGUCGCGCGCCGCACCGUACAGCGCGGAUUCGCAGAGUCAUAUCCCCGAGUUUGCGCCUAGCUACUUCGCGCUCAAGAAGAAUGUGUUUAAUGUAUAUUUUGUUAAGGUGGGGUGGUUUUGGACGACACUUGCGUUCAGUAUGUUCGUGCUCAUGCAUCCAGGCUUUGGCCGUGGGCUAUCUGCAAGGAGAGUCAGGGCGGUGCUGAGAUAUGGACUUAUAACGACGUGGUGGGUGUUCGUUACACAGUGGUUCUUUGGCCCACCGCUUAUUGAUCGCGGAUUCAAGCUUACAGGCGGCGCGUGUGAGUUGGCGAGAGACCCCAAUGCGAUGGCGGAGAUGAGCGACACGAAGGAGUUCAUCACGGCGGCGACGUGCAAGGCUGUCGGCGGCAGUUGGAAGGGCGGACACGAUAUUUCUGGGCACGUCUUUCUGUUGAUCCUGGGCUCUUCGCUGCUCUGGUUUGAGUUCUUGCCUGCAUUGACGCGUAUGGAAGGCCUGCGCGAUGGCCGCCUCAUUGCUCUCUCGGACGGCAAGGUAGCGAGUGUCACGGUCGAAAAGGAGGAUCAGAAAGCCGAGGGCGAGGCCACGGCCAGAGGUGUUAAGUUCGCGCUUGGUGUAGCGGCACUGAUGUGGUGGAUGCUGUUGAUGACAGCUGCAUACUUCCACACAUGGUUCGAGAAGUUCACGGGCUUGGUCGUUGCUUUUGCUGGGCUUUACACAGUGUACUUUGCGCCAAGAGGUGUACCGGCGUUGAGAGCGUAUAUGGGAAUGCCUGGAGUAUAACAGCAUGUGCACGUUGUUUAGAUUCACGAUUAUAAUGCAAGAGCGGCAUGAGGCAACCACUCGGGCGUUUUGUACCUAUAUCAGACGAUCAGAUUUUAGCAUUAUACUUUACGAUGGGUCUUCUGUAUAUUGACCAG